CGUCGUCCUCGCCUACCACCACUUUUACCAAAGGCCUUUCUUUCUUUUCCCUGCUUCAACCGGCCAUAUACGGACCUCUUAAUCGAGCGAUCUGCGACGACACCUUAAUACACUUACUGGACUAUUUGACGCGUGCUUUCUGUGCUACUGUCAGUGCCUUGGCCGCGAACGACCACGCGAAACAUUCACCAUGGAGGAUCCUGCAAUACGGAUACGAGAGCUAGCGAAAGACAGGGUGGAGUUUGUGAUGACAGGAGUGGAUUUAUCGUUCGCAAACUCUUUCCGGCGAGUCAUAAUGGCGGACGUAGCCACCGUAGCGAUUGACAUGGUGGAGAUCGAGGUCAAUACGACCGUCCUCGUCGACGAGUUCCUCUCUCACCGGAUCGGGAUGAUCCCCCUGACGAGCACAAAUUGCGAGGAGGGUAUGCGGUACAAGAGGGACUGCCCCUGCCUUGGCAUAUGCCGUUACUGUGCCAUCGUCUAUGACAUAGACGUGCGGUGUACGGAGGGCGAGAUGAACGUAACAAGUGAUCAUCUAACGAUGGUACCCCCCGAUCAGUGGGACCACGAGGAGCAAGAUUCAUCUGCAGCUGAAGACAUUCUCUCCAAGCGCGGGAAAAACUUCGGAGUUCCAGCCGGCCCAGCGACUGAUCCGGACCCGAAUAGAAGACCGAUAUCUCUCGUGAGAAUGCGGAAAGGGCAGGCGUUGAAGGCGAGGUGUGUAGCCCGCAAAGGAAUAGCAAAAGAGCAUGCCAAGUGGUCGCCCUGCGCGGCUGUCGGAUUUGAGUAUGAUCCGCACAACAAGCUGCGACACACGGCGUAUUGGUACGAAGUCGACGAAAAGGCAGAAUGGCCACUGAGCAAAAAUGCCGACGAGGAAGCACCUCCUGGCGAUGUAUUUGAUUUCACUUCCAUACCAGACCGGUUCUACUUCGACGUGGAAACCACUGGCUCGCUUGCCCCCCAAGAAGCGUGUCUGAGGGGCCUCGCAGAACUACAACAGAAGUUGGCAGGUUUGGUUUUCGCAUGCCGCAAGGUGAACGAGCCUGCGGACGCGCCAGGUCUUCAGAUGCCCUCAACUAUGGCAAAUGGACACACCGACGGGUUCGACAAGAACGGCUGGGGCGGUGGUGCGCAAACAGCUACAUGGAAUACGUCUCGUGCUUGGGCGAACACGGCACCUGGAGGCGGCGCGUCAUCCGCGGGAGGCAGUUGGGGUUCAGGGAAUGCUGGGUCUCCGGACGGUUAUGGUCAACGAGGCGGCGCACGGUCACCCGCAGCCAAUGGAUGGGGCAACGCCAGCGGUGGAGCAACCUCGCCGUCGGGAAAUGGGUGGAGCAGGCCUGACGGCUCCUCAGGUGGAGACGGCGCUGACAGUGGCUGGGGAGCUUUUUAGAGCGUCGGCGUGGCCCUGUGGAUCUGGAGAAAAGUUUGCCCCCUGGGCGUGGGCUGCUUGCUACAUCGACCAUACAUCACCAAGAUGGUUGAAGGCGGUCGAUAUGAUAUGUGCAUCUUAGUGUAUAUCGCUCCUGUAAGCGAUCUCUCAUGUAGGCUGUGUAAUGUGAUGGACACGGCUUAUCCUUGCUGCCACCAAUAUUUGUAAUGUGUGCGCACACUCUUAAU